UGUUGCCAUGGACGGCUGACCCUAGCAGCCUCUCUCCGGGACUCCUUUAGGACCUAACGCGAUUUGCCGGUGUGACAACGGUAGCCCUGCCGUACCGACUGCCCCCCUUAUUCUUGUGUUUGUUUACACAGCCAUGACUCACGGCGACCCCAUCUGUGUAAUUUAAAUCUGUAUUGUAUAGAUAGAGUCCCCCUCUCCGGGACAUAUGCUUCUACAACACGUGGAAACUCCCUUCGCGGACAGCUAAGAAUAGUAACACAACACAAUGUGACCAUUGAUUUAUACUUUGAAUAAGUUUUAUGUCUUUAACAGCCGAGGGAAAAUUGCUACGACUUGCAAAGUUGUGUUGUGAAAGUAGCUCUGCAUAGGCACACGUGAGAGUUGCUGUGAGCUGUAUCAACCUAUCACACUUACAUUCCUUGUAAAUACCAAUCGGACGGCUCAGGGAACGCAGGGAUCAAAUCAUGGAGGAAAUGUCGACCUCGUUGGCAGUGUUAUUUACAGAGUAAAUCUCUAGAGUGUUUGUGUUAUGGUAAGACAGAAUGUGCUAGGGUCCACACAAAUCGCUGACUACUGGACAACGGAGAGUAUUCCCAAUCGGAUGGAGAUUGUUGGCGGACGGUUAAUGAUGGAGCGUCUUGACCGGAACGAAAGGGAUAGCGAUUCUGAGCGUGACAGUUUGACCGGAACUUCUACAAGAUGGUGGGCGGUAUGGAGGAAGGGGACAGGAAUAGUAUAGAGACUACGCCGAUGUUAAAACAUCGCGCCAAGUCGAGUCUCCAGAAAGUCCUCAACCGAUACAAGUUCGACAACGACGACUUGGAGAUACUCUACAAACGUUACGUAUUUAAGCUUCAACAGUCCGCCAUAGGAUAUAUGCUGGGGGUUCUGAUAUUGUUAACGGCGACCCUCUCGGUCCUAACCUUUGUGUAUAUGUCCAGUCUGAGUGUGCGAGGAAUCUACCUGGCAAUCCAGUGUGUGAUAUUUAUAGCUAUAUUUAUAUUCCUCCAUACAAGGUUGAUGAAAGAAUCCUAUUUUAAGAUCGUCUGCUAUUUAUUGUUGAUAUUCCUAUUGUGUUUUGCUGUGAUGUCAUUUCCGCUACAGUUGGACCCGGAUAUUCCCGGUCGUGAGCGCCCUCUGUUGGGACCUAUGGAUGGUGUAUGGGAGGUAAUGUUUGUUGUGUUCAUGAUAUAUUCUCUGAUGCCGCUGAUGACGUAUGUCGCUAUCAUAAGUGGGAUUAUACUUCCGGUGUGUCACAUUGCCGUUUCCGCCUUUAUCGCCAACAACUUUCCGGAUUUUCUAUGGAGACAGCUGGUAGCCAAUGGAAUCCUGUUCUUGUGUGUGAAUGUGGCGGGCAUUUUCAUCCAUAACGUUACUCAGCGUUCACAGCGGAAGACCUUUGUGGACACGCGGAACUGCAUAGCAGCCCGUCAGGACAUCGAGGAUGAGAACGAAAAGCUGGAAAAAUUGCUCCUCAGUGUCCUUCCGGAACACAUCGCUGUGGAAGUGAAAAAGAAUAUUACCCAGAAUCCUCAAAUGACGCAAUUCCAUCAGAUCUACAUCCAACGACACAACAACGUCAGCAUCCUGUUUGCAGAUAUAGUAGGCUUCACCAGUUUGUCCUCCCACUGUUCCGCACAGGAUCUGGUCCGUAUCCUGAAUGAAUUGUUCGGACGCUUCGACUAUCUAGCCACGAAAAAUCACAAUAUUCGCAUCAAGAUCUUAGGAGACUGUUACUACUGUGUGAGUGGACUGCCCGAGCCCAGAGCUGACCACGCGAAAUGUUGUGUGGAUAUGGGCCUUGACAUGAUAGAUGCCAUACAUUCUGUGUGUGAAACUAGCGAUGCACGUCUGAACAUGCGCGUUGGUCUACACACCGGAAGAGUUCUUUGUGGAGUUCUGGGAUUGAAGAAAUGGCAGUAUGACGUUUGGAGUAAUGACGUCACGCUAGCAAACCACAUGGAAUCUGGAGGCAUACCAGGACGUGUACACUUGACCAAAGAGACCCUUCGACACCUCGAUGACCAGUACGAGGUCGAGCCAGGUAACGGCGGAGAUCGGGACCCUUACCUCCGGGAACAUGGCGUUCAGACCUUCCUCAUCAAGGAUGUGCCGUCACGCAUGGCUUCAAACCGGUUUCUUGACAAAAACUUGGAGAACAUCAAACCAAAGCGACUGUCCUUCCGAAAUGUGUCCAACUGUGUGGUGAGGCUAAUGCAGUCCGUAAGGUUCAACGCCGAGAUCCCUUUCUCCAAUGUACUCACGCCAACCAACGAGGAGGGCAAGAAACUCAAGAACAGCCUUUUUAGCCCCUUCGGGUAUUCCGUAACAGACAAGCGCCGAAAACCAAUUAAGGAAAGACAUUCCAACAAGCCAGCUUUGGAGGACCGAGCAAAUAAGUAUCUAGCCACCGCCCUGAUGGCUCGCAGUGUAGAUAAGGAAAAGAAAGAUCACGUUGGCUUUAUAACUCUGAGGUUCAAAGAAUCUUCCAAAGAAAAACGGUACCAAGCCUCCAAUGACUGCGCCUUCAGCAGUAGUAUGAUGUGUGCCCUUGUCAUGUUGAUGUGUACAGCUGGACUCCAAACCGUCAUCCUUCCUAGGACGUUGCUGCUGCUGAUGCUGUUCCUAGCGUCCUUCUGUUGGAUCGCGAUCGUCCUAAUGCUGAUUCUCAGCGUCAAACUUAAGUGUACUCUAUUCGACAUUCGGAAAUCGUCGGGCUUGCGUCAUUUCACAAUGAUUACGACAAUUGUACUAGUAUAUGCAACAUCGCAAGUAAAUGUGUUCUGCUGUCGCGACGCCAUCGGGUACCGGACACUUAUAAGCGUCAAUUUCAUCCAGAUGCUGGAUGAAGGACAUCUCACGUGCUCUAUCCCGCCAUACAUCUUCCUGAGCUGUAUUGUUGGUUACGUAUGCGUGUCCAUAUUUCUCAGACUGGCCGCUCUCAUCAAACUUAUCCUCAUGGCUAUCAUGGCUUCUGUGUAUAUAUUAGCGAUGGAGAUCACACAUCGUGGACUAUUUGACGGAUUUGAUCAGCAGUCAAGGUCUGUGAUUCCAACCCACGUGACCGGGAUCGUUGCCUUGGUAGCCUUCAUGCUAAUGCUGUACCUCCAGGGCCGACAACAGGAAUGGACGGCUCGUCUGGAUUUUCUGUGGAAGACCACGGCCACCAAGGAGAAGAUAGGGAUGACCGAGCUUCAGGAUAAUAACAGACAAAUAUUGUGUAACCUGUUACCUGCUCACGUGGCAGCCCAUUUCAUCGACACACAGACCAAGAGUCACAUGGAGCUGUAUAGCCAGCAGUACCCAAAAGUCGGAGUGUUCUUCGCAUCCAUUCCAAACUUCUCGGAUUUCUACAUAGAACUUGUUGCAAAUAACCAAGGGAUGGAAUGUUUAAGGGUUCUCAACGAAAUUAUUGUUGAUUUUGAUGAGUCCCUAAACGAGCCCCGUUUUCGUGGAAUCGACAAGAUUAAGACGAUCGGCAGUACCUACAUGGCGGCGGUUGGCCUGAUGCCGGAUAUGAUGAUACAGUCCGACAGUGAGGUGUCCAUGAUCCACUACUUAGGACUACUUGUGGAAUUUAUAUUUAUCAUGAAGGAAAAACUGAAAGUCAUCAAUGAAAACUCUUAUAAUAGCUUUAUGCUGAAAGUAGGUAUGAAUAUCGGACCGGUGGUGGCGGGAGUGAUAGGCGCGAGAAAACCACAGUAUGAUAUCUGGGGAAAUACCGUUAAUGUAGCCAGCCGUAUGGAGAGUACCGGGAAAUCCAACUAUAUACAGGUUACGGAGGAUGUGUACAGUGUUCUAAAGCAUCAAUAUGACUUCAAAUGUAGAGGUAGAAUCAAAGUCAAGGGAAAGGGGGAGAUGGUCACCUAUUUCCUGCUGGGUCGAAGAGGUCUGGGCGCCCUGUCUAGCCCAUCAUCGCCAUCUUUAACGGCGGGGAACCAGCUACUAUUCCGGCCUCCUUCUAAGGAGUCAUUCAAUGGAAGCACGCUCAGUGGUGGACAUGUUCAACAGGAAACUCAUACAGGCGUAGCUAGAAAUCAGAGUGGUCUAAGUUUGUCGUCUCAAGACAGCACACAGCCGCGGGAUGUUUCCAGAAGUGAGUCCCUUAAGUCCCAAACAAGACUUGGCAUCGGGUAUCCUGCUGUAGUUGGUGAGAGACAAAACAGUCUGGAUUCGUCUAAGGGUCUACCAACACCACCUGGUAGUCUCAAUAGAAAACGAUACAGUAGCACAAACACGAACGAUAGUCCUCGAAACACUGCCCGCAAGUCUACAAAUCAUGCUUUACCGACCUGUCUUACGGGUCACAUUUCAGAAACGGAGACAGAAUCUACAUACGGAGGCAUUGACUCGCCUGAACUCCCCGUUAUACACUUCGCAAAUAAAAAGUCCGCAAACAUGCGACCUAUACAUAAUUCAAUGUUUGAUGGCCUUAAGGACGGAAACGGAGCCAACAUGUCUUUAGAACAGUGUAAUAUCGGACAGCCCACGCAUGUACCAAGAGGACGAUUUGGAGAAAUACAAAAUAGUCCAGCAAGUCCUUCCCGCUGUACUAACAGUAAUAAAAGGAGCAAUCAUAGGUCGUCUGCUCCCGUAGGCCAGAUGUCGCCCACAUCAUCCAAUGGACAACUGUCUCAGAUGAGUCCGAGGUACAAGACUCGAGGGAUGUCGGACAUAUACGAGGACGAUUAUCACGCUGAUAGUAUGGGUAUAAUUGUAAACAUGGGUGCGCAUAGCGACGCAUCAGGGAGGUCACGUGAUUUCGCGCCAACAAAUAUUCGCCGCAAUCAUAGCAACCUUUCUAACGUUUCACAGUCUUCUCACAACUCGGCUGACAGCAACAGCUCAAAGAAACGGAUACAGCCACCGCAGUAUGCACAGGUACAACCUAUGAGAAAAUCUUCAAAGGAGUCUGGCAGGGAGAUGCAUCAGCCCAUUGCCACGUCAAAGCCGUGUCAGGUUGUCAACCCUACGGUUCCCAUCAUUCGGCCAACACCACUAGUACUCUCCGGACUAGUCCCACCAAUGAAGAAUGCCAUGCGUCCAGCUCCAUGCCACCAACCAAGAAAUGUUCAAAGCCUUCAUUCUAGUCACUAUCCCUCCUACAUGCCAAAUGAUUAUAAUCCUCAAGAUAUCGCAGUCGAAGAGGAAAUUUCCCCCGAAACUCGAUUUGCUAUGUCGAACAUAAUGAAAGAGCUUGGUAGAGUGGUAGAUCCAACUCAACCUAACAGACCUCUGAAAUCCGUCCAGAAGCAUUCUCCAUUAGAUAAAUUCAAAGCUCCCUCGCCGCCUCCAGAGGAAAGAUUCGUUACGGCGACAUACAGAGAACCAUUGAGCCCACAGAAGGCUACCACCACCUCCUCCCCACACCUAAGUCCAGUAGGUACCCCGACUAAGGCCGCUUUAAUAGAAAAGUCGCGGCUUGAUUACGUACCACAACAGUGUAGGACGUCUCCACCUACAUGUUCGCCCCCUCCACCACCUGUGCCUCCCAAACUGGUUGCAAAGGAAUCACGUCGUAAGUCCUCGAGCUCGCGAACAAGUAGUAGCUCGUCCCAAUCAACUCUUACCUCUACAUCUGCUCUCGUAGCUAAUAUUGAUGGCAGAACGAUGUCCAUUCUCCCAAGUCCUGAGACCAUACAACCAACACCAAAUGUAGGGAAUGCUCUCCCAUUGAGGCGUAUACCAUCAGAUGUGACACAUGGACAAAGUCUAGAAUCUAAACCACCUAGUGUCAGGCGAAGUAACUCUAGUCCUAGAAUGAAGUCGAUGGCAUUACAACCAACAUUUAGACAUAUGGAUUUUCUGUGCCCUGUUAUUCAUUCAGACGAUGACAAAGAAUCAACUAGUUCUAAACAAAUGAGUGAACAUUCAUCAGUUGUACUGCUUCAACCAAUAGAACUGAAGCUAUCUAGGCCAGCGUAUGUCAAACAGCUAUCAUUUCCUUCUGAGGGCGGUUACGAGCAAUAUACUCGAGCAUUUCUGGCAAACACUGAUUUCAUGGUGCCCCAUUUGGACAGAAACUUCUCAAGGUCGAGUGACACUAUAUGUAGCAUACCACGUGGACCACCAACCCCAAAAUUUCCCAUUCUUAGUAGUGCAGCCUCUUCAUCACUCACACAGUUACUCCAGGAACUGGCAGCAGAGCGACCAGUUUCCUCCGAUCUCGAUAAACUCCGUACUACCGACCAGUCACAGGACUGUGAUUUGGAGAAACAAAGUCAAACAAAUGGUGUGAAACACGCCCUGCAUGGUAAACCCCCAGCUCACGGUAACGGUGCGGGGUCUAAUGAAUUCGGUGCCCGGCAAGGAGCAUCGAGAAACCAGGGAAAUCCGAAACGGAAGCCGGCAACCACGACCUCUCCAGUUAAGAAACCAGGCCAGUUACAAUUAUUAGGAGAAUCUUCGAACAAAGUUCCCAACAGGAAUAUAAACCCGUUCCAAGUAAAACGUCGUGGUCACAUGAAUGCUCCUCCGAGGCAUUGUAGGAGCCUGGACUAUAUUCCUAGUGAUAGAGAGGACUACGCAUCCUCCGCGGCGUCUUCCACUUGUGGUAGUCCAAAGUCAAAGCAGCGGGCGUUUAUGAACAGUAUUUUGUAUGCUAAUAGAAUAGAACAAUUCCUGUCGGGUAGGAACGCGCUUGGACUAGAGAGUUUAAGUAUUUCCUCGUUGGCUAGCAGCAGUGAAAUGUCGCGGAGUGAUCCUGCUAUUAACCUUGAUUCCGGUUCAACCGCUUAUGAGUCCGAGUACGAUAACUACAGACCAGGUAUGAUGAGUGAUGAUGACUUCUUCGCCAUGGAACCUGUAAGUGACAUGGAUAUUGACAUGUAUGAUGAUAUAGACAUCGAUAAUGUUACAGUGAGCGAUUCUUAUAGUCUUGAUCUACCACUGCCAUUACUGGCGACAAAAAAGAUCACAGAUGUAUGACCAGUAAUAAUGAUCUUCGAUCUAUCACGUGAUCCACGCAGGUGUAUGACGCAUGCGUGAUCCUUAAUCUAGCACAACAUGGAAUUUCGCCUAUUCACUAUCUAAGAUGACGUAUAAUCUUAUACGGCCAUCUUGAACAAAUUUGAUUCUUCGCGAGUCUACCACGACAUGUAUGUCUGUUUUAUUGUCAAUUAUCAGUGAUCCAGACUCAGAUUGUGCUUGAUCAUUAGAGUGUGACGUCUAGAAAAAUACUCAGUUUGACAGCAGUUCUUGUUCAUUUUCAUCUGUAAAAUACUCGAUUGAUAUGGGACCGCCGUGUAUGCUGAGUUGUUUGAACACUUGUCUAGUAAGAAACGUUUCAAUAAGUUUGAAUGUUUAAAAAUUUCACAUUGAUAUGAGCUUACAUCUUCUUGCAUGUUACCAUCAUGGCAUACGGAAUCCCGAAUGUAGCUGUAUCCUUUAAUGUACGGCUGAGACGUGAUUAAAUCAGCAUGGGAAUGUGUGUUUAUUACAUUCUCCCGCCAAAACUACAGCAAGGAGAAAUAGAAAAUUGGUGACCUAAUGUGUUCAUAAAUGUAUAUGCAGGAUGUCAUUAGAAGGCGAUAAAAGACUUGAUUCAGGAGAUGCUUGAUAAGAAUGUGUUGAUUUUGAGAAAUUACGUUUUAAUGGUAAAUGACUUGGAGAAAUAUUUUACAUGUAGGAAAGUGCUAUAUUCUUGUUUAAUGGGCAUAGAAAUCCUUGACAAUGUUCACUCCAUGGGCAAUGCACGUUUUAUGGAAGGACAUUGACGACUACGAGGAGUGACCUCUGGUAAUAGGACAUUAAUACAUGACAGGUGCUUGGUAUAUAUUAGGGAAUUAUUUAUUUAGUGUUACAAUGAGUAAUUUAUUUUUGUAGGAUGAAUGUUUGUAAAACCUGACACAAACACAAUACAUUUAUGUGAUUGAUGUGAGUAAAAAAGCCGUAUUUAUCUUAUGUGUUCACUAAGAAGUGGAAAGUUAAGUUGACUGUAAGAGUUUGAAUGAGUCCAGUUAGUGCUAUACUGACUUCGUAUUUCUGUAAGUAUGAAUUUGUCGCUGAGAAACUGGUUUCAUAUUUGCAUACAUUACUUGGUAGAUUGAUGAUAGUAGUGAUAAGUAUGACGUCAUGAUAAAAUGUCGUAACGUAAAAUAAUAAACGGCUCCCUGCCUUAUCUGUAUAUUAGGUCGCGUUGUAGUCCGUCAUAUCAAUGUAAAAUCAAGUGUCCUAUUUGACAUGGUUCAUCCUGUAUAUCAUGUCAUCAAAAAAUGCGGGUGUGUGUUGGAUUGCAUUGAUUGCAUUCAUUAAAAUCAAAAGGACUAAUUGAGGCAAAGCAGAUACUUUUUUUAAAUCAGAUAAGUUUCAAAAUUGAGUCCGGACUCUAGUACCUACAGAGCGUAGUGUAAUGUUGUUUUAAAGUGUUUACAUCAAAGGUCUUACCUGUUCCAUUUGGUAUGAGAUUGACAGUGUGUAUCAGACCAAAUAUUAACAUAGCGAUGCUUCAGAUGCUGCGUAAUCCCGUCUGCUAUGUAAAUAUUGAGUAAAAGUCGUCCCCAAUGUUA